UGUUGAUUAGAUAGUAGAAAUAUGUAAAUUUAUGGGUAUUCCUAAUGAAUUAGAGAAGGCAGAAUUGGGAUGCUAAUUUUACAUACCAAAUUUAUAAGCAAAAAAACUAAGUAUGAUAUUUAUUAAUUUUGUUUUGAAUUAGAAAACUGAUCCCUUAUUAAUUGAUUUAUUGUCUAAGAUAUUUAUAUUUAGUCCAUCGAAAUGA